GAAUGGUUUUCUGACCCACCGUUGCCUGGCUUGUCGCUGUGCGCAUAUGAGGUCAGCUCUGGGAAAAUUCAGGGUUUGGGGCCUGCGCAAUGGUCCAAUAUUUCCAAAGACUUUUGCAAGUUUUAAGGACGCGAGGUCUCUCGUUUGUCACAACCCAUGUUCCUCUCGUUUCCUCUCAGGUUUCCCCUCCUCUUGCACGGGCGUACAAAGACACAGCUGCCGAGUCAAUCCCAACGUUGCUCCCAGUCGGUACCAUGAUGGCUUCGUCGCCAGCCUACAACAGCUUCUCGUCCGACUCUCCGAGCAACUACGACCUUGCGCGGACGCAACCCAGGCCCUCAGCUCCUACGCCACCGCCAGCGUGGGGUGAGCAGCAGGGCGGUCGCUUCAUCACGCCCUACUAUUACUCCAAAGCGGAUUUGGACAGCCACGCUUUUCGGAAUGGCUUGUCCAAAGAGGAAGAAGCCGAGGCUGUCGCUAGAACGACGACAGUCCUAGAUCGAGUCGCGAGAAGGCUAAAACUACCAGGAAGAACAUAUGCGACAACUAUGCUGCUGCUUCACCGGUUCUACGCUGUUUGGCCUCGACGGAGUCCUUACUAUACGGAAGAGGAGAUAAACGUGGCGAUAGUGGACCUCGCUUGUAAACUCCAGGAAACCCCAGUGCGCCUGCCGCCAAUAUCCAUACAGGUCCUGUCAGAGAGCAGAGGGGUCAGAGUAACGGAUGACAUGGCAAAGUCGACUAUGGAUCAGAAGUUAGCCCCGCAUCAGCAAAAGAUACUUGAAGGAAUUCAGUUUGAUACCAAGAUUAUCCUCCCAUUCCACCAUCUGGCGGUGUUCAUCAAGCAAUUGGACGACGUAGUUUUCUCCGCGAUGGAAGCAUUCGAUGGCACACCUCAGGAGCAUCUUCACCGUCUCUGCAGUGGGCUCGUAUUGGACAUGUACCGGGGUACUUUAUGCAUUCGAUACCCGUCACACAUCCUUGCUAUGGGCGCACUGUUCCUUUCUGUUCGACUUGGGCUCGUUCGGCUACAUCCAAAGAUUGAGGGGGACUUCCUGGAAGAUUGUGGAUGUCCCAGCGAUCUGGUGGAAGAACUUGCCAUCGCCGUACUUGAAGCAUACAAUACUGGAUCACCUGAUCGCCUGUCUGCGACAAUGCUCACUGCGGUUCAAGGUAAUCUGGAGAGUCUUCGAUCUGCCAGGCACGCUAUAGCAACGGCCCCGAUCGCAAAUGGUCAUCGAGAAGCAGCUGUCAGCCGAUAGAUUCCUCAAAUUGAGCUGCAGUAGGCGUCGGUGAUCUGCCGCCGAUUUCCCGUCUUGAUUGGCAAGCUCUGUGCACUCGUACACCAAAAUACGUGCAAAUCACCCCGCGAUCGCUAGGCUCCUCCCCGGUUCACGACGAAACCGAUGCCAAGAUGCGCCACCCAGCCUGGUUUAACG